UGGUUUCAGCGAAGCCCCAGUCACCCAAGCUGCCAAACCGCCACUCUCGGCUCAGCUCCUUCGUGGAGGUGACUGCUGACGGUCUGAGCAGCGAAACCAAAAAAACGGGCAAACGCAGCGGACAUGUCGAGCUGCAGUGGAAUGAAGACCUCACCCUUAAUGUGACGCCUCAGAGUCGUCUGGAUCUGAAGCUGUGGUGCUGCCACACCCUGAGAAAGGAGCUUCUGGGCAGCGCCACCAUCGACCUCCUGGACACACUGCGUUCACACGAUGGCAAGAUGGAGAACGUCCAGCUGAGUCUGGUGCUGCAGACGGAGAACAAAGGCUUGGUUGUAGCGGGAGGCGAGCUCAACGUCUGUCUGGACGGCAUGGUUGUUGAUCUGGGCUCGCUGCCCAAUGGCAGGAUGGCAGCAGACAAGAUGCUUCAGUCAGACAGACCCAACCUGAGGAGAACCCAGAGCGAGGAGACGGCCAGUGUCGCUGGCUCUCAGAGCAGGAGUAACAGACUCUCAGUGGGGGGUUCACAGACUGGCUCCCCGGGGUCCUCCAGGGGGGGCUCUCUGACUAAUGGGGAGCUGACUGAGGAGCAGAUCCCCGGGCCGGGCUCGUCUGGUCACCGCCGCUCUUCCAAGAGUCUUGGAAGCCCAGGAAAUGGAUCAGACAAAGUUGAGUUGACGUCGAACGGGCCAGAGAACGGUCGGGUGGGCGUGGCCCGUCAAACGCCUCCUCCGUCCUCUCCAUCAGGCCGAUCGCCAGCUCCGAGCAGCGGCAGCAGCCCUCCCCCCGUUCAGGACGCUCUGGGUCCGGCCACCCUGGCGGAGCCCAGCCCAAACGCCACCUCUGGCAGCACAGAGCAGGCCGGUGGCAACAGCACGACGGAGCCCACGACAGAAUCACUCCCGGCGGGCUGGGAGCAGAGGGUGUUGCCUCAUGGCAGAGUUUACUACGUCGACCACAACACCAAAACCACCACCUGGGAGCGGCCGCUGCCACCAGG